AUGUGGAUACUCUUCAGGCAGGGAUUUGGGGCCAGUAGUUUGAGCAUAUGGGUGCUGCUCAUCUUUUGGUUCAACAUGAAGCCCAUCAGCUUUGCAGGCUGCUUCCUGCAGAUGUUCGUCAUGAACACGUUCCUUCCCAUGGAAUCCUCCACCUUUUUGGUCAUGGCCUAUGACCGCUAUGUAGCCAUCUGCCACCCUCUGCGCUACCCAUCCAUCAUCACGGACCAGUUCGUCAUUAAUGCCGCCAUCUUCAUUGUCUUACGCAAUCUGCUUGCCACGCUGCCCACUCCAGUUCUGGCUGCUAGGCUCGACUACUGUGCUAACAAUGUGGUGGAGAACUGCAUUUGUGCCAACAUUUCUGUGGCAAAGCUCUCCUGUGGGGACAUUCGCCUCAAUAAGCUCUACCAGUUUGUGAGUGUUUGGUGUCUAUUAGGUUCUGACCUGGUGCUCAUCUUGCUAUCUUACUGCUUUAUCCUGAGGGCUGUUACUCGUCUGCAGUCAGGGGGUGCAGCUACCAAGGCGCUGAGUACUUGUGGAUCCCAUCUCAUCCUUAUACUGUUUUUUUAUACACUGCUGCUGGUGUUUAUCUUCACAAACAAAGCAGGAAAAAAGGUACCAUCAGAGGUUCCCAUUCUUCUUAAUGUCCUCCACCACCUCAUCCCACCAGCCCUCAAUCCCAUUGUUUAUGGAGUACGAACUCAGGAAAUCAAGUAUGGAAUUAUUAAGCUACUCAAGUACCAGAAAUGA